AUGUCGCAAGAGCCCAAUACGGCAGCGAGGACCAACAAUUUGGGACUGAAAUCCCUCAACCCUGGCCCUAAGAGCGCUAAAGAUGUGCUGGCUGCUGCUGCUGAUGUGCUUGCUGCUGCUGCUGCUGCUGAUGUGCUUGCUGCUGCUGCUGCUGCUGAUGUGCUUGCUGCUGCUGCUGCUGCUGAUGUGCUUGCUGCUGCUGCUGCUGCUGCUGCUGCUGCUGUGCUUGCUGCUGCUGUGCUCUCCUCGCAACGACAAGCGGCCAUUAUGCUGCUCUCACACUCAGUUCCGUUUGCGCACCAGUACAAAAUCGUGCAGCAAUGCCUUGACGCCUUUGAUGAGCGCGCCCCUGCUAGCGAACUUGAAUACCAGUCCCAGCAUCGCAUGAAGCCAGUUUACAGUCAUCAAAGUAGCAAAAGUAUGGCUCUACCUAAAAUGGACUCGUGGCCGGCUUCCUGCGCAACAGCAGAAGCUCUACACAUGCAUCACAGCUCGGCCAUCUGGGACUCACGCGUACAGGCAUCGGCCUUUGAUCCUGGACCCUUGAGAAUGCAGGACAAUGGACGAGCCCGAACAGCAGGCGUCUCGGCAGAAAUAGCAAGCGACAAACAUCAGCACGACCAACCGGGCCAAGUGCCUGCUCGCAAUAGGGCCGCAACAGUUGCAAGCGACAGUCUUUCCUCGAUGCCGACAAUGGCACUCUCGCGACGAUCGCGACUCGCUCCGUUGCAGGCGCUCAAUGGAGACGUGGUCGAUCUGGACCAAGACGCCAUUGUCCCUCGUCUCAGUCGACUGGACAUGCGCGACAAACACACCUCUCAUCCAUCACCCAUUGCGCGACCAGAAGGAAGCAAGAGUAGCUCUGACAAGGCUGCUGGUGGUGGUGCCAAUGAAAGCCGAGAUAACAACAAAGUUUGA